CUGUGCUACUCCCACGACUUCUCCUUCUUAGCUUACAAUGAAAAAAAAGACAGUAAUUAGUAGAGUAUGUUUUUCCAAAAAGCGAUCUGUCCUAUAUUAAAUCGGAACGUCUGCUUCCUUAUGGGCAACGCGCAAUCUAUAUUUCUAUCAACAUAAUGUGCAUUUCUGUUUACCCCAUUGUGGAUCGCGGAGAUACGGAAUAUUUAAACUGUAUGCACCUACUCCUACAUCGUUGUUGAUACGCGACGAAAAAUUAAGAAACGCGUGACAUGGGUCGUAGUCGUACACCUUCGCCAGGGAGAAGACGAGAUCGAUCACGAGAAAGAGAUCGGGAACGCGAACGGGACAGAGAUCGAAGAAGAAGACGUUCUCGGGAGAGAAGAAGGAGAUCGGUUGAACGAGAUCGAGUGAAAUCGAGGGAUAGAGAAAGGGAGCGCGAUCGUGAACGAGACAGAUACAGACGUUCGUACAGCAGGUCGAGGUCAAGGGAGAGAGACAGGCCAAAGCCAAAAUUAAAAACUGCUACAUCAGAACGUCCUGUGAUAACAGAAGCCGAUCUGCAGGGGAAAACACCGGAGGAACAAGAAAUGAUGAGAAUAAUGGGUUUCUGUGGUUUUGAUACUACUAAAGGCAAGAAAGUUGACGGGAAUGACGUGGGAGCUGUACAUGUUAUCUUGAAAAGGAAGUACAGACAGUAUAUGAAUAGAAAAGGAGGAUUCAACAGGCCGCUGGACUUUGUAGCAUAGAAUUAUAAUCGUAUCACAAUUUUAUAGGAGAAGUCGUAUCCUCGCUGUCGCUAUCAGCCUCGUUUAUGUGCGAGGUACUAGUUUCGGAUGGGUCGUGUGUGCUCGUUCCAGUGAGCUAUUGAAAGAGGAAAAAGUUUGUUAUCGUACAGAGAAACCGACGUUCGAUUCAGGAUCUUUUGUCGGUAAUUUAUAUUACCAAGCUC